AUGAUUCUAAGUGCUGGGGAUACCCUGAGGCCACGCCCCGUGCCGCGCGCACGCCGCAGCCAAUCAGCGCGCUGCGUGGUUUUCAAACGGGCGGCGGCGCCGUUGGGGCCGGAGCGGAGCCGGGAGCGGGGCCGGAGCGGGGCCGGAGCGGGGCCGGAGCGGAGCCGGGAGCGGAGCCGGGAGCGGAGCCGGGAGCGGAGCCGGGAGCGGGGCCGGAGCGGGACCAUGCGGGCGGCAGCGAGCCCCGCCGCGCAGCAGCGGUUCCGUCGCCUUCCCCUGCAAGAGCUGCAGCUGCAGCCGGGCUCCGAGCGCACCACUCUGACCCCGCUGCUCCGCCGCUUGCGGAUCAAGGACCAUGACUGUGCCACCAAAGCGUCCUGCACCCGGGGCACCCCCAGCAGCGCACCCCCCGUGCCUUACACCUCGGGCCGCCCCAGGAGUGCUUUCCUGCUCCCCCCUAACAGCACCCCUCUAGUGCCUCGCACCUUGGGGCACCCCAGCAGCACCAUCUCAGAGACCUCUGAGACUCCCACCUUGGACCAUGGCACCUUGGAACCUGUCAGGACCCUGGAGCCCCCCAGCAGCCCGGUGGCAGGGCCGUGCUCCCCGGAGCCCCCCAGCAGCCCGGUGGCAGGGCCGUGCUCCCCGGAGCCCCCCAGCAGCCCGGUGGCAGGGCCGUGCUCCCCGGAGCCCCCCAGCAGCCCGGUGGCAGGGCCGUGCUCCCCGGAGCCCCCCAGCAGCCCGGUGGCAGGGCCGUGCUCCCCGGAGCCCCCCAGCAGCCCCAUGGCAGGGCCGUGCUCCCCGGAGCCCCCCAGCAGCCCCGUGGCAGGGCCGUGCUCCCCGGAGCCCCCCAGCAGCCCCGUGGCAGGGCCGUGCUCCCCAGAGCCCUCCAGCAGCCCAGUGCCUGCCCCAUUGUGCAGCACAGUCCAGAGGCUCAGCAGCCCAGAGCCCCCCAGCAGCACUCUGCCAGGCCCCCUCUGCAGCCCCAUCCCAGGGUUAUCUACCCCAGAGCCCCUCAGCAGCACCACCUCAGCUCCUUGCACCCCAGUGCCCCCCUGCAUCAUCUCCUCAGCACCGUGCACUCCAACCUCCCCAAGCAGCAUGGCUGUAGCAUCCUGCAUCCCUGGGCCCCCUGGCAGUGUCAGCUCCACCUCCUGCACCCCAGGCCCCCCUGGCACCAGCUCCACCCCGCAGAAAGCUCCCUUCCAUGGCUGGCGAGAGGCAUCUGUUGACCUCUCCUGCAGCCCUGUGGCCUCCAAGCCUCUGCCUGCAGAUGGACAUGCUAGUUCCUCCCCUUGCCAAAGCACCCCUGAGAGGGCUGAGUCCACAGCUCCUGCCCCCCCAGAGCAGGACAACCCCAGACUCCCUCCAACUGAGGCAGGUGGGUCAGAGCUUGCUGAGGCAGAGGCUACAGCCACCCCUGUCCCUUUGCACGAGGCAUCCCAGGGUGUCGUGUCCUGGAUGCUGCCACUGGUGUGGCUGGAGAACAGCCUCGGCACCUCAUUUGUGCUGGAGUCCCUCCGCCACAGCCUGUCCCUGCCCACGCCACAGCACAAUGCUGGCACCAGUGUCACCCCUGUGCCCAGGGCAGCAGUUGGCACCAGCGUCACCCCUGUGCCCAUGGCAGCAGCUGGCACCAGCGUCACCCCUGUGCCCAUGGCAGCAGUUGGCACCAGCAUCACCCCCGUGCCCAUGGCAGCAGUUGGCACCAGCGUCACCCCCGUGCCCAUGGCAGCAGUUGGCACCAGCGUCACCCCUGUGCCCAUGGCAGCAGUUGGCACCAGCAUCACCCCCGUGCCCACCAUGGUCACUGGCACCUUCAUGACACCUCGGGAGCUGCGGGAACGGAGCAUGAACAUGUCCAUGGGUGGUGUCCCGUGUGCCAAGGACAACGCUGCUGAAACGGACUCUCUGCUCUGGCACUGUCCCCGGGAGCAGCUGAGGUCCCUGUCACGGGCAGAGCUGGAGGGGCGGCUGGAGAGCACCCUCAUCAUCAUCGAGGCCCUCUCGCUCCAGCUGCGCAGCUGGCAGGAGAGCCAGCGGCCGCUGCCCAGCGUGGGGCCAGCCGAGCAGAGGGACGCCCUCACACAGACGGAUGUCACCCACCCCACAGGGGAGGAGGAGAUCUACUGCAAGCUCUACCUGGAGCUGCAGAGGAAAGCAGCGGCUCUGCAGCGGCAGCGGGGAGCCGAGCAGGACGUGCAGCGGGAGCUGGAGGCAGCCGCCGCAGCCACGAGUGCUUGGAGCAGGCAGUGCCUCCAGUUCCGGGCCGUCGCUGACGCCGCCUUUCAGACCUUGCAGGAUGAGCAGGGAGCUCUCGCCCUGCAGCGGGAGCAGGGCAGGGCGCUGGUGUCGCGGUGCCGGGCCGUGCUGCAGAGCGUGCCUGGGAAGCUGCAGAGCUGCCUGGAGGAGCGAGAUGCCAUGAGGCAGCGAGCAGAUGAAGCCCUCCGAGCCAAGGAGGAGGGAGAUCGUUUCCUGGAGGCCUUUCGUGCCCAUGCCAGUGCCCAGAUCAGUGCCCGUGACCAGAGCCUGACCUCCCAGCGAGAACUGGGUGUGCUGCUGGCAGAUGCCAUCCACCAGCAGGCAUCUCUGGCUGCUGAGGCUCAGGCUUUCCGGGACUUCAUAGACGUCACCUUUGGAAAUCUGGAGGAGGAAAGGAGAGCCAUGGAUGUGAAGGGAGAGCAGGGCAGGGCGCUGGUGUCGCGGUGCCGGGCCGUGCUGCAGAGCGUGCCUGGGAAGCUGCAGAGCUGCCUGGAGGAGCGAGAUGCCAUGAGGCAGCGAGCAGACGAAGCCCUCCGAGCCAAGGAGGAGGCGUCCUGCCAGCUGGAGGAGACCGUGGUGGCCCUGCAGGAUGCUGUGGCUCAGCUGGAGCAGCUGAUGGUGGCCAACUCGCGCCUCAGCACAGACGUGAGCUCCCUGAUGACGAACCUGGCCAGCGUGGAGCAGGAGCGGGACACACUGCAGCAGGAGAAUGAGAAGCAGUGGGAGGAGAUGGCCAAGCUGGCACAGGAGAGGGACACCCUGCAGCAGGACUGCAACGGGAUGUGCCAGGAGCUGCGGGAAGCGACUGAAUGCCGGGAGUUCCUUGAGCAGGAGAACAGCAUGUUCCGUGUGCAGCUGCAGGAGGUGGAGGGCAGACUGAAGUCCACGCUGGCUGACCUGCAGGAGCGCAGCCUGCAGCACGAGGAGCUGAGAGAGUCCCACCAGCGCCUGCGGGAAGAGCAAGCUGCCCUCAGCCAAGAGCUGGAGAGCACCAAGGCCAAGCUCCUCGACUUGCAGCUCAAGAGGGACAAAGUCUCCUGGUGCUCCGUGGACAUUGCUGAGAGCAAGAUGCGGCUGCAGGAGCUCGCUGACUGCCUCAGGGCUGCUCUGCAAGAUGAGGAUGAUGAUGAUGAUGCUCCAUUGAGAAGCAGAGCCUGGACCCCAGCUCCACGGACCCCCGGCUGGCGGACCCCUGGCUGGCAGACCCCGCACCGCGCCUGGACCCCCGCCUGCCGCACCCCCGCCUGCCGCACCCCCUACCGCCACGGCAGCUCCUUCGUGGGCAGCGUCCUCAAAGCGGUGUCGGGGAAAGAUGAUGAUGAAGCCACUGCAAGUGGAAGUGCAUUUACCAAGGACAAACCUGCCUCUACCCCAAAGCCAAUAGAGCCUGAGGAAGGUCUGCUGGAGAGCGUGAAGGAGCUGAGAGCCGUGGUCUCCAGCCUCACCCUGCUGAGCUCCCGCAUCCAGGAGCUGGAGCAGAGUGAGUUCAAGGCGCUGCAGAAGGAGAUCUCUGACCUGCAGCUUGCUCUGGAGACAGUGACAGCUGAGAGCCAGGAGAAGAUAGAUGCCCAGGCUGCCACCAUCAUCAAGCUGAACAAGGCACUGAGGGGCAAGCUAGAGAACGAGAAGGAGCUGCAGGACGUGGUGAAACAGCAGGAAGAGAAGAUGCUGCAACUCAUUGACAAGAGUGGGGAAGUGACGAGGCUGAAGGGAGAGGUCUCCCAGCUGAAGCGCUCGCUCCAGCGUGCAGAGACAGAGGCCAAGGUGCUGUGGGAGGAGAUGCGGGGGCAGGAGCCCAAGGUGGACACUGCCUCCGUCCAGGAGCGAGUCCUGAUGCGGCAGGAGGUGGACAAACUGAGGCUGCUGCUUCUGGAGAGGGAGGAUGAGAAUGUGAUGCUCUCUGACAAAUACCUGCAGCAGGUCCGAGGGCUGGAGCUGAGGCUCUGUCACUCACAGAAAGUGCUGAGGAGCUACGAGGAGACGCAGGAGAAGAUGAAAGAGGUCCUGUUGUCCAUCCCAGAGGUGACGGCGAGCUGCCAGGAGCUCCACAGCCUCCUACGCCACUUGGGCCUGAAACCAGACCCUGGCAGCAAGGAAGCUGCUGAGCCGCUAUAG